AUGGACACGCUGGAGGUGAUCCUAUCUUGCUUUGUUGUAGUUUUGAUGGUCGUGUCGUUGCUUUCCAACGUCCUGGUGCUGAUCUGCUUCCUCUACAGCGCCGAGAUCCGAAAACAGGUCCCUGGGAUGUUUAUCAUCAACCUGACCCUCAGCAACUUGUUCAUGACGGUGCUGAACAUGCCGUUGACUUUGGUGGGGAUUAUCGGCAAGGGGCAGCCUGGGGUCGACACCGUCUGCCGAAUCGUGGGCUUCUUGGAGACUUUCCUGGUCACCAACUCCAUGCUGAGCAUGGCUGCUCUGAGUACUGACAGAUGGAUUGCCGUGGUUUUCCCUCUAAGUUACAACUCCAGGAUGCGUUACAAGGACGCUGCCAUCAUGCUGGGUUACACGUGGUUCCACUCCCUCUGCUUCCCCGUGGCGGCUGUCUGCCUCUCCUGGGUCGGAUACAACCACCUGUACGCCUCCUGCACCCUCAGCCAAACCACAACUGACGACCGGGUCCAGUUUGUGGUUUUCACCGUAGUUUUUCACAGCCUCAGUUUUCUCCUUUCGCUAGUAGUGCUGUGUUUCACCUAUCUGAAGGUGCUGAAAGUGGCGCGAUUUCACUGCAAGAGGAUAGAUGUCAUCACCAUGCAGACACUGGUGUUACUGGUGGACAUCCAUCCAAGUGUAAGGCAACGCUGCCUAGAAGAGCAGAAGCGACGAAGACAACGAGCAACAAAGAAGAUCAGUACUUUCAUCGGUACCUUUAUACUGUGCUUUGCACCUUAUGUAAUUACAAGGCUGGUGGAGUUAUCUGAGUCGAUACACAUCAAUCCAUACUGGGGAAUUCUUUCCAAAUGCCUGGCUUACAGCAAGGCUGUUUCAGACCCCUUUGUAUACUCCUUGCUGCGACAUCAGUACAAGAAGACAUGGAUGGACAUUAUUAAUAGAUUGCUGAAAAGAAGCUCCUUAAACUCCUCUGCAAUAACAGGUGAAACACCGAACAGUAAUUUUGUACAAACAGAUGAAUGA